UCGGACUCGGCCGUUCGCUAGUCAAAUCGUCCUUUUCCGGAGCUAGUUCCAUUUUUCUCCGGUCCAUUUUUCCUUCGUGCCACCUCGCCCGUCGAUCGUGGCCACUUCCGUCGCUGUUCCGUCCUCCGUAUCACGGACCUUUGCCCCCCCCGGGCCAGCUACAGGAAGUGCUGCUGCGUGCGCUCGAGUUUGACUCCCGGAGUGCCUUCUUAAACGAUCGAUCUCUCCCCUUCCGUCCUUGAUCGGUUCUGCCCUGUCCAGCCAGCAUCGUGGUGCGUUGCCGUUCCGCAGCUACGAGACCGUUUCGAUCCCCCGCGGUCUACUCCGUGCCUCAGCUCAGAAUCUGGUAGUUACGGAAUGGCCAAGUGAAGUGGUCGCGGGAUGGUGUGAUGUGCCGUGCAGGCGAAGUGCGUUCGGAUGUGUGGCCACCACCAGUGCCACCAGCAGUGGCCGAAGGCAAGAAGGGGUCUAAUGAAAAGAGUCUGUAACGAGCGACCCCAACAGAAGCAGCAACAGCAGCACCGUCCGGAGGGUAAAAGGUUCGCUCGCGAGGCCCGUGCCCUUGCGGUGCAACUUUGGGAGGCAUGAGCAGAGAUUCACGUUCCAGUUUGGCCGCCCCCUCCCGAGUGUGAAGCUGUGCUUCUCAGUGCGUGCGUGUUUCUUUUAGUGUGCAAGCGUGUGAUAUCGUGUGUACGUGUGCACGGUGUGGUGUGGUGAUUGUUCACAGUAUGCCACCAAUCGUCCGACGGUGGACGACGUCCGUCGACGAGCUGCUGGUGAGAAGCAGAGCAAAAAAGUUAGUGUCCUGUGCCCAAGGAAUCCAAGUGGCCCUCGCUUCUCCUAUCAGAUAAAUCCGUGCGUGGUGUUGUGUGUUUUCGAGCGGGUGUAUGUGGUAUCUGUUUUUUUCUACUUUACUUUCAACUCGACGGUCCCACUCCCGAAAAUUAUCGUUCAUUGCUCUCCAAGCACCGGCGGCGCCGUCACUUUACACGGCUUACGAAAUCAAGUUUUUUUUUAAGUUUUGGACGGCACCAUCGGCAUCUCGCCGCCUCCCUCCCUAUCCACAGUCCAAAAAGUAAUCGGCCGGCGAUCGGCUUACGAACCGCAUCGCAUGCGAACGGCGGAUCAUGUCUCAAGCGAACUCAUUCCAGCCGUGGAAACAAACGCUCCCCGUCGGUUUACCGUCGAACCUGGCGUCGGCGAUCUUCGGUGCAGGCGGCGGUGCAGUAGGCUAUGGGAAAAUACCACAGCCGCAGCCGCAGCCGCCUCCUUCGAUACAACAACCGUCGUCCGGCACUGGCGCCUGUCCGCCGUUGCAACCUUCCCCAUCGCCCUCAUCGUCCUCGUCGUCCACGGCAUCGUCAACCGUUCCGGCACACGGUACUGCUGAGGGAGGCCGCCGCGAGAUGUCCCUUCUACCAGGCGCUCCAACGCCGGGAGGGCCACACAGUGCUGGAUCCCUGGCGUCGUUUCAUUCCACUGGCGGCGGCGUUCACAAUGGGACGGGAAGUGACUUUCUCGCUCAGGUGGCCGUCAACAAGCUGAAGCUGGGCAAACUGAACACCAGUUAUGAACUGACGGCCGCGGCCACGGCAGCAGCAGCAGCAGCAGCGACAGCCACCCCGGGUGAUGAUGGUGGUGGUCUGCUCGAUCUCGGCUCCGAUCCGAAUGUGGCGGCCAUGCGUACACUGCUGGCUAAUGCGGCCGGUCAGACCGGAACCGGACCACUCGGGGACAAGGAACGGGAGCACCAGAUACAGCAAUUAUUCGAGAAAACCGUCAGUGACAACACCAAGAAGCAGAUCGUUGAGAUAUUGGAUAAGAUUUCGGUUCUGCGGCCCCCGGAACGGUUGCUGCUUUAUCUGCGCAUGCCCGGAGGCUACCCCGAGACAGAUCCGCUGCGGCAAUCGCAGAAUCCGCUGGGAACCCGGCUUGAGAUCAACCACACGAUCAAUUGGGUCCGUUCGCAUCUGGAGCACGACCCGAAUGUGUCAAUUCCCAAGCAAGAAGUGUACGACGAUUACGUGGCGUACUGUGCGAGGAUCAAUAUUAAACCAUUGUCAACGGCCGACUUCGGGAAGGUGAUGAAACAGGUGUUUCCUGGCAUUCGGCCACGGCGACUUGGCACACGCGGACAUUCCAGGUACUGCUACGCGGCCAUGCGCAAAGCAACGAAACUCCCGACACCUAAGCUACCCGAUCUGACCGAUCCGAACGGUGGCCCUAGCGAGCAGAAAAAUGGCGGCAGUGGCGGCGCCGAAAGUGCGAACCUUAGUGACGAGGAGUCCUGGAAGGUGAUCAAGACGUGGGCUGAAGCGAUGCUACCGGCGUGCUUCGGAACCAUUAACGAUCUGGCGGCGUUCAUUGCGAAGAACAACCUCAACUCACCGACCGGCAACACCGGCAGCCGGCAGCAGCUCCAGAAGAAGAUUCUUCAGCGAGAAAUGAAGGAGAAACGGAAGCUCUCGGCGGUGGCACUGAAAAAACGACGCAAGAAACGUCGAAGAACCAUUUCCACCAGCAUUAGCGAGGCAGCGUCAGAGCUCAGGAACGGCACACCGGAAGCAGAUUGCAACCAGCAGCCGGAAGCGUUCGGUUUGCCAGGAACCGUAAGUACAAAGCAAACAGCUACCAUUGGCCAGCAGCAGCAGCAACAACAUCUUCAUCCGCCGUCUAUGGUCGAUCAUCAGUUGCUAUUACAGCAGCACAUGAUCAAGCGUGAACAGCAGGACUGUUUGGAUGAGGAUAACAACAAUACCACCACUAGCGGCGCACUAGGACCCGGUGCUGCCAGUGGCAAGCUGCUGAUUCUGCAACGCCAGCAGCAGCAGCAGCAGCAACAACAACAACAACAACAACAACAGCAGCAAAGUACAAAUCUAAACUGUGAUAACAGAAGCGACACUGGUGCAUUCGAAUCAAUUGGCAAAGAAUUGCUGGCUGCUGCAGCCAGCUACAGCGGCGAAGCUCAAGUACACGGUCAAUCACUGAUGGGUCCGACUAAUCAUCUACCGCCAACACCACCGCAAAGCCUGCAGCAGUCACAGUUGAUCCAUCAGCGAUUGCUCGAAGGUGGAGAAGAGAUGCGCAGCCCCCAGGAGCAGCCAAGCUAUCUGGCGAACGUUUACUGCAAAAAGGUACGCCAAGCGCAACAACUAAAAGCCGUACAGCAGCAGCAGCAGCAGCAACAACAGCAAUUACAACAGCAACUACAACAGCAGCAGCAGCAUCUAGCCCCACCACAUCCACUACACCAACAGCAGCUGUUCUUCCCGAACCGGCCAGCGAGCGCUAGCAAGCGGCAACUAACAAACAGUCUGGGUUACGCGAGCCGUCAGAAGCGCUUGAAGCUGCUACAAGCGCGCCAGCAGCGUUCGCUCGAGUCACAGAACAACAGUGCCCCACGGUACGACGAACAGGGCAAUCUGAUUCUGAUCGAAUCGCAAGAUCCGAGCCGGGACGAGUUCAUCAUACCACGCGAACGGGUGAUCAGUAUUUGCAACAUGGACAAGAACGCACUGGACGACUAUCUGAACUGCGAUGAUGAGGAAAACUCGCAGGAUCAGGACCAGGAGCUGCUGAAGUACUUCCCUCAGGAGGAGGACGACGACACCGUUCUGGCGAACGUCCAACCUUCCUCGGUUGGGCUCGGUCCAGCGACACCAACGUCCAGCACGGCUCAGGACGCGGAUACUACCACCGGUGGGUACGGUGGAGCCCUGGGAGACGAUUGCGAAGAGAAGCUCGUCCAGAUCCGUAUGAUCCUCCAGAAAAACCAAUCGAAUCAGAACAAGCAGCUGCAGCAAUCGUUGGCAGAGGCCCAGCUAGCGAAUGCAUCUUCUUCAGGAUCCUUUGCGUCCUGUACUGCUACUGGCUACGAACAUCAGUCAGCAGGGAUAAGUCUUCCGGCCGGUUCGGCUGCUGCUUCACUCGCCAUGCUAUCGCAGCGUCACAACACGCACGGCGGUGCUGCGGUGUCGGUACCGGAACCAUCUGGUGCCACCGGUGGGAAACAAAAGUUUUGUGGAACGCUCGAUCUGAAACAAUGCUCAGCAUCAUCCGGCGGAGCAAUUGACGGAGGAACCGGUUAUGAGCUCGGUGGGGGCGGUUCGUCGUCGAUGGUGCUACAAAGUCCAACAGCUCGUCGUAGAAAUUGUAGCUUCGUACCGAUAUCACAGCCGAAUUCGGGUGGCAAACAACAUCUCCAUCAACAGCAGCAGCAGCAGCAACAGCAUCAAACGCCUAAUGUAAGCCCAUUCGUUAGUCCUCGCAGCACCCCGAUCCAUAGAAAACCACCGAAGGGACCGAUGAACAGCGCUCACACACUAAACAUGUUGGAGGCUAAACUCAAUCAUCAGUUGCAACAGCAGCAGCAGCAACAACAACAACAGCUACAGUCCAGUGGAGGACCCUUCCUUCAGCAACAUCUCCAUCACCAGCAGCCGCAGCCGCAGCAGCAACAACAUCCGUUCCGAUCAUCCGGCAGCGUGUACAUUAAGAAUGAGCUUCCGGCAUCAGCACCACCAUCACCUUCGCUUAUGCAACCGUUUCGCUUCAUUUCAAGCAUGGGCAGCACUGGCGGCGGUGGUCUAAACUGUGGAGCUCUCCUAUCCCAACCGACCGCUUUCCAACCCAUCGCUGGUCCGCACCAGCAACAACUUCAAACUGCCAACAUGCAUAGCAGCACCACAACCACUACCACGCCCGGUGGUCUAUCGAUGUCGCUCGAGUCACGUUCGAGCAGUGUGCCGCUGUUACCGAACUAUGAUAGCUACUGCAACUCGAGCUACAACUCCGUCUCGCAAACGCCGGUACCGUCGGAGUACGACGACUUUACCGAUACCGGCAUUCUCGACAUGCUCAACGAACAAUCCUCUUCUGCCCAGCUAACGUCAACCUCAUCGAUCAAAAUCGAGGACGCCGCGGAACUAUCGAUGCUUCCUGCCGAUCUGCUCGAUCAACAGCAGUCCCUACAGCAGCAGGAACAAGAUAGGGCGGCCAGUUCCGGUGGAACUGGAGGCUUCUACUCGCGUGGUGAUGGCAGUGGAAGCAUUUUUAACAUCAUAUCCCGUUCCGUGCCUUCCACGCCUUUGCCAAUGCUUGGAGGAGGGGGAAUGUUCGGUGCUACGGGUGGUAAGUUGGGUGCAAGUUUCGCUGGCAACGGUGGAGGAACCCUGGUCGGUGGUGGUGGUGGUGGUGGGAUGGGAUCGCGCGGAAGGUCUAUGUUUGAGCUGCCAAAAUCGGUCCCCUCGACACCGAUCAUGCUCGGUGGUGGUGGCGGCGACGGUAGUUGCCAAGAUAUACCACGAAUGUUCCAGUUCAGUCCUGAACCGUCGCGCGAUUUUCUUAUCAAUGGGAACUCGGUCGAUCGAAGCAAAUCGUCCUCGGCGGCUAGUGCUUCGAACUUUUACUCUUCGGCACUUGGCAAUGCAAGCGUUGGCGGCGGUGGUGGCGGUGGUAGUGGUGGUUUGACCGGAGGCACCGGUCUUGGCAUAGCUAGCGUGAACACCGAUGCCAAUGGGAACGUGGUGAGUGGUUCCGAGAUGACAUCCCUGCCAACGCGAGUUGGUGGUGUCAGUGGUGUCAGUGGUGGUAAUGGCGUCGGAUCUGCCUGCUCAAUGCAUUCAACGGGUAGCGGCAACAACCACCAUCAUCCCCACGCUUCCAGUACCGUUCCGGAACCACCGACGACCGAUAUGGCGAAUCUUACCGAUGGCAUUGAAGGACUAUCCAGCGAUCUGGAUGCCGUGACCGAUUCGAUGAUCGACUCAGACAUUCUCCAGAAUCUUUAACUGCAGACAGACAGACACUACUGCAGCUCGUGGGGGCUACUGUAGCGGCGCAGUUCAUCAUGCGCUGUGUGGCGCAGUACCGCAGGCGGCGGCGCACAUCAGCAGUAGCAGCGUCAGCGACAACAUUGUAGCUACAAUGUGUGGCCGCGCCGUUGGUUGGUUUUAUUUGUUUGGUAAUUUAUUCACCACGUGCCAUCAACUGUGUGGUUGAGAUUGUGUACCAUGGGUUGAAGGAGAGAGGAUACUUGGUGCAGGAUCAGGUCCGCGGGGGUGUUGUAGUGCUCGCCAGCAGUAAGCACACCAAUCCAUUAUUGGACUAUUAGUUUGGCUGAAAGCGCGUUCUUUCGCUCCCAUUCUCUCUCUCUCCCUUUCCGUCUCGCUGUCUUCCUUUCUCCCUGUUUCUCUCACAUAGUUUCUCAUCCCAGAGCACGGGGUGCAGCUUGUGGCAUCAGAACAAUCACCAACACACGUGCCACGAGACACGGUCACACGCACCACGCGCAGCAAAGACACGCCGCGCCGACCGCAGCGCGUUGUGACAUUGGCCUUGAAAAUGGUGGCCACUACAACACACUACUGCACACCGGUCUGGCUUGCCCAUGACACUUGCCUAUCGAUUGCACUGAUAGCGUCGGUGUCGGCAGCGGUGGAAUAGCAAAAGCGAUGCAUUUUCCACUCUUGGCAAGUAAAUGCAGCCCCCAGUCGGGGGGGGGGGGGGAUACCAGUAGGCGAUGACGAAAUGCACCAUCGUUGCAUGGGACGCGAAUAGAGCAACCACAUGUACCGUGUGGCGAUGUGAUUGGCCUGCUGCGGCACAUGGACACUACAAGCGAAGAAAGCGAUGGCGACGAUGAUCUCUGAGAUGGUGUUUUCCUUUUUCGCGUACCGCUAUCCGACGCUCGUUCAAUGUUACUGCUAGCGGCACGAACGACGCAAUGUUUCUGGUUUCAUAUUAGCUGGUUUCGUUUGGACAAGGUUUUGGUAGUCCAGAUGAUCGGUUGAAAAAUGAUAUGCCUUGCAAUGCUUUGAAUGCAUUAAAGAUGGCGUUCGAUCUUUUAAUUCCAUAGAUGUUACCACUUCGCCUGAUGCGAUACAAGCUGUGACUGUUAUGCUUUUUUUUUUCUUGCCAAGCACAAAUAAAUGAUUUUCAGUAGUAGUUAUUUUACAUUUUGUUUGACCAACUUUUAGUCAUUUGUGAUCAAAUCACUUGUAACAGUAUUCAGUUGUGAAGAUUCAAGUGAUAUUGUGAAGAUUUUCACAACUGAUUCCAAAAUAGGCACACAAAUGAACUAAGUUAAUGUACGAGCCUGAGCAAUGCUCUCAGACACAGUGUGGGAUUCUCACCUACUAAACCAUUAGCUUAGUUUUCCGUAACCGCCCUGCUGCUGUAUUCCUUUUUCGAGAUUCUCACGGGGUAUGCGCUUCAUGAAUAGACAUUAUUUUAUUUAUACUGGACAGACACACGUAAUGCAAAAAAGCUUCUAACCGAUCGUCCCGUCUUUCGGCGUCUGGCUAGUUAUAUUUUUUACCAGCCUACUUGAUCAAUGGCAAAUAUGUUACUCAGGUCACGUUUCUCAAAAUCAGCUAAUCAAAAUCAUGACACUAAACUGCGCGUAUAUUGUUAUGCUGUGGGAUCUUUAAAACGAUAAUCGAAUCGAUCGAUUUGUGAAAAAAAAACGUUACAAACGUUAACCCUAUGAACAUCAAUACAAAUGGUCAAUGUAAGCUGGGCGUACUUGUCUGCGAGUAAUGGUUCGCCUAUCACUGUUUGCGAGAUUGCGCAAACUAGGCCCUUAUUCAAUUGUUAAUAUUCAGCUGUUAAAUGGCGCGGCAACAAUGUGUUGGAUGGCAGCGUGUCAUUCAUUUAUGAAUUAGCAUAGAAAAAUCAAUAACUUCCUCAAACCCUGCUGCAGGUUCUCCGGCGCCUCCGUCCUCCAUGAACCGAACUACGCCCCUGGAUGGAGACAAGGCGAGCGGCACUUCGGGCGCAAUGCCAACGUGGACACACACGUGCCCCCUCGUCGAGAUUGCCACAAACCGGUAUCCCGAUUUCAUGCCUGGAACAAUGAUCGCACAAGUUUCUUGCAAGUCUUGAGUGUCGCUAGUCUCGAGAACGGUCCAGUCUAGUGAUCCCAAUCAUGUGGACUUGGUUAUCUCAUCCCCGUUUGCGACACGAUUGGAAUGUCCUCGCACUUGAGUGCGGUAGUAGAAUCCGGCAGAUUGCGAUCCUAGAACUGUCGUUGCGAAUUCCGUUCCAAAAGCUCUCCUCUCGUUUAAAGGCAAACUCACUCUUCCUUUGGUUGGACAAUAUCGGGAGAUUCACCAUGGGGGAAGUUAAAUUGUCGGGAGAGGUACUCCAUCCAAGAUCGGUUACGAUACGAUAAAAGAUAGAUUCGUUAUCUCAUAAACUCCUUCUUCCUCCCAUCCGAUCCCACACAUAAGGUAAUGCCGUACACCACACAAUACAUAACUAUCUAUAUUUAACCGUCUAAAAAAAACUGAAACAGUUAUUACGUUAGUCAGUAGACAGCCGUGCGCGAGUACGAGGAAGGAAAACGUGGUGGAAGAAACAUUUUGUGUACUCUCUCUCUCUUUCCAACGUGAAAAACAAAAACGUUUCCACUGAGGGCGGAGACAAACAGAAUGGAAAAAACAACUUAUAUUCAUAUGAUGGAUGUGCCUAAAAACCAAUAUACGAACAAGCUAAAUAUGUAGUAGAAAAUUA